UGUGUGUGGGGACCUGUGUGUCAGGGGAACCGGCAAACAAUCAGCAGCGUCCCACCAUGUUAGGAUCUCUGUUCCUGCUCUGGCUGACUUUUUGUCUGCUGUUUUUUCUCUUGCGGACCCGCCGGGCCAAAAACUUCCCUCCAGGCCCGCAGCCCGUGCCCAUCUUUGGAAACCUGCUGCAACUCAAUCUGGAGAAUCCUACUGCAGAUCUGGAAAGGCUCAGCGCUCGCUAUGGAAAAGUUUUCAGCCUGUACUUCGGCGGCCGGCCAGCAGUCAUUCUGAAUGGGACCAAAGCCAUGAGGGAAGCCCUGGUUACCAAGGCAACAGACUUUGCGGGACGCCCUGGCGGACUGCUGCUCAGCCACCUAACACAGGGCAAAGGUGUGAUCAUGGCUGACCACGGUCCUAGUUGGAGGGAGCACCGUCGUUUUGCUCUGAUGACUCUGAGAAACUUCGGUCUGGGGAAGCAGUCCAUGGAGCAAAGGAUUCUGGGAGAGGUAGAGCACGUCGCCGCGGUGCUGGAGAAGAGCAUUGGAAAGUCCGUGGACCCCCAGACUUUGUUUCACAACGCCUCCUGUGACAUCAUCUGCUCCAUUAUGUUCGGGGCACGCUACGACUAUGAACACGAGUUCUUCCAGGCCAUGAUCAAGAUGAUGGCCGACAACUCCAAAAUCGCCAACGGGCCCUGGGGGAUGAUCUAUGACACCAUGCCACUGCUGAGGAGUCUUCCGCUGCCUUUCCAAAACCCUCUGAAGGCUUACUGCACAGUCAAACAUCAUGUGCUGGGCAUCGUAGAGGAGCACAGAGCCUCCCGCUCCCCAAACCAGCCCCGGGACGUCAUCGACAGCUACCUGGACCAGAUGGACAAGAGGAAAGCAGAGGAGGACAGUCUGUUUAAUGAGGACCAGAUGGUGGUGAUGUUGCUGGACCUGCUGUUUGCCGGGACAGACACCACGUCCAAUACCAUCCGCUUUGCCGUGCUCUACCUCAUGACCCACCCCGACAUCCAAGAGCGCUGUCAGCGGGAAAUUGACCGAGUGCUGGAAGGAAAGGAUCAGGCCAGUUUUGAAGACAGACACAAGAUGCCAUACACACAGGCAGUGAUCCAGGAGACGCAGCGUAUCGCCAGCACUCUGCCUCUCAGCGUCUUCCACUGCACCACAAAGGACACAGAGCUCAUGGGAUACCACAUACCCAAAGGAACCUUGGUCAUCCCUAACCUGACUUCAGUUCUGCACGAGGAAGGACAGUGGAAGUUCCCGCACGAAUUCAACCCUGACAACUUCCUGAACGAGCAGGGAGAGCUGCUGAAACUGGAGGCGUUCAUGCCUUUCUCUGUUGGUCCCCGUAUGUGUCUCGGGGAGGGCCUGGCUCGUAUGGAGCUCUUCCUCAUCCUGGUGACUCUGCUGAGGAGGUUCCAGUUCGUCUGGCCAGAGGAUGCGGGACAGCCAGACUACACUCCGGUGUUCGGGGUCACCCAGGCCCCGAAACCCUACAGCAUGAUGGUCAGGCUCCGAGAGAGCCAGCAGGGCUGAGGAGAAGAGCGGGACGAGGGCUGAAAACCUGAGGGGACUGAAUGUAAUCAAGACCAUCGCUGACUGUUAAUUUAAGGGAGUUGGAAGUGAAAAACUAACUGUAAUUCUUCUUGCUAAACUUUUCAGCUGGUAAUAAUUAGGGGUGGGAAUCGCCGGGUGACUCACAAUAUGACAUCAUCACAAUAUUGUACCCCCAAUAAUGAUAGUAUGAUACCCUGAAAAAGGCAAAAUAAUUUUCCACUAAGCAGGAAUCAGCUGUGUUUUCCAGUAUUUUAAUAUGUGACUGACAGAACAGUUCCAGUUAAAAUAUAUAAACGUGCAAAUGAAGUUGAAAACUCAAAUAGUG